AUGGCAUCAACAAACAAGUAUGCGAUCGCCCACCAUGAUCCCAAAGGUCCGAACGACGCUCGUCCAACCGCAAUGGAUAUACUCAAGGACGAAGAAAUGGAGGGAAAACUCACGGGGAAGAUGAUUUUGGUCACAGGUGCCUCAGCAGGCAUUGGAGUCGAGACGGUUAGGGUACUGGCAUUAACAGGCGCUACCAUAUUCGCUGCUGCUCGGGACCUACAGAAAGCUAAAAGAGCCCUUAGUGGUAUACAGGGCAAGAUUGAGCUCCUCAAGCUAGACCUUGCUUCGCUGUCUAGCGUACGGACUGCAGCAGAAGAUUACCUGCAGCGAAGCAAUGGGAGGCUCAAUAUCCUAGUCAACAACGCUGGAGUAAUGGCGAUACCGACCCGUACCUUGACUGAGGAUGGCUUUGACCCUGCUUUUACUGACUUUGCCUCCAAAAAAGGCCAUUUCCUCUUGUUCCAGCUCCUUAAGCCAGCUCUACUCAGUGCCUCUACUCCUUCAUUCAACUCACGCGUCAUAUCCCUUGCUUCGUCAGGACACAAGAUGGGCGGCAUCCGUCCUGAAGAUUACAACUUUGCGGAUGGUACCUACAAUGACUUUACCGCCUAUGGACAGGCGAAAACCGCCAAUAUCUACAUGUCGAAUGCUAUUGAGCGUUAUUAUGGUGCUAAGGGCCUGCAUGCUUUGGCGGUUCACCCUGGCGUGAUCAUGACGGAGCUCACACGCCAUUUGGAUCCGAAAGUGGCGCAGGGGUUUGAUGAUGAUCCAAAUAUUGCUAAGGUUACGAAAUCUGUUGAGCAAGGCGCUGCAACCACGGUAUUGGCUGCAAUUGGAAAGGAGUAUGAAGGAGUGGGUGGAAAAUACUUGGAAGAUGCGGGAGAGUGGGCAUCCACGCCUAACAGUGGGCCAUACGAGCAUGGGUACGCUUCUUGGGCUUUUGACCAAAAGUUGGAGGACAAGCUGUGGGAAGAUUCGAACGAAUUCGUUGGAUUCAAGGAGAAGUAA